AGUACAUAAACGAAACCCCCUCUCUUUCUCUAUAUUAGAGUGUUAGAUCCUUCUAUUAACCAGAGCUUAAGCAAAGUAGAGAUUCAUCGUCUUAUGUCUUCAAGACUCGACCCAAAGAAUAAUUAGAGAAAAUUUAUUAAGACCGAACCAAUUCAAAGCGAAGUGAAAAGCAAACAAUCAAACCCAAAAUUUUCUUACAUGCUAUCUUGCGCCUAGCUACUUUCAACCAUUCUACCGUGAGCUACUCAUGGGGGGAUAUGUAACCGGUGCUAUCACGGCCGCCUCCGUCGUCGCCACUACGACAGCCGGGGCAGCGCCUCGCUACAGUGGUGGCGCGGCUGAAUCUCAGUACGUUUCGGCGAAGACGUCGGUUUGGUGGGACAUAGAGAACUGUCAGGUCCCUAAGCACUGCGACCCGCAUGCCAUCGCGCAGAACAUUAGUUCGGCGCUGGUUAAGAUUAACUACUGCGGGCCCGUUUCCAUCUCCGCCUACGGCGACACCAAUCGGAUUCCUUCUUCUGUACAGCAGGCGCUUUCCAGCCCCGGCAUCGCACUCAAUCAUGUACCCGCUGGUGUGAAAGAUGCGAGCGAUAAAAAGAUUCUAGUUGAUAUGCUGUUCUGGGCAGUUGAUAAUCCUGCUCCCGCGAAUUAUCUGUUGAUCUCUGGCGAUAGGGAUUUUUCUAAUGCUCUCCAUCAGUUACGCAUGAGGAGAUAUAAUAUUCUCUUGGCGCAGCCUAUGAAGGCAUCCGCACCCCUCGUUGCUGCGGCCAAGAGCGUAUGGCUUUGGAUGAGUCUUUCAGCCGGUGGUCCUCCCCUUUCGAGUGAUGAAUCAACUAAACUUGGCCACAAUAGUUUUAACCCUGAAAUGUUGUAUAACCCAAUUCCUGAAAUGGUUCAGUACAGUCAACCAAUGGCCUUUAGUUCAGAAAGUGGUACAUUGGGGAAUCCAAAUUUUCCUAAUUCUGGAAGGAAUGGGGAUAGCAAAUAUAGAGGGAGAUGUAUCAGGAAAACUCCCAAUCAGCCAAGCAUAUCUAGAGCCUCUAGUGUGCCAACCACUACCAUUAAAGAAAAUAUGAACAAUGGAUACCCAUACAAGUCAGAAUAUUCACAGGCAAUGUCGUUAAAAAGAUUACCACAUGAGAGUUUUGGUGGCAGUGAGCCUGCUGUCCCUUCUAGCAAGUCUACUCCAAACUUCUUUCCUAGCAGCCAUGACCUUUCAGGAAGUAACAAUGGUAAUUUCACGGGAAUCCUUCAAAAUCCUCCUAAUUCAUUUCGGCCGAAUAGCCUUCCUCUACAACCAGCUUCUGCACAAGAUAAAUUGCUGCCCCCUAAUACACAAAGUCAUGGUUUCCGCCCAAUGCCUCCUAGAUCGGAGGGGCCUAGAUAUUUGGCCCCACAAAAUAUGCCUGAUAUUGGUAAGUUAAAACCCUGCACCCAUGCUAAAAAUCCUUCUAAUUUUCCCCAUCAAAUCUGUGGAGAGUUCAAAACAAGCUCUAUCGAGCCAUUGCCUAAUCAAGGUGUCCUAAAUGUGCCACAAAAGAGCCAUGUGUUGCACAAUGGCCAAGCAAGUCAGCAGCAAGUUAGUAAUGGGCAUCAUUGCGGUCCUGAAUUUCCACCUCCCUCGUCCUCACCAAUUUCUAGUUCAUCUAGCAAUGGCAGCUGGGGAGCUCAAGGAUGCUCAUCACCAUCUGAAUAUGUGCAAGGUCUUAUAGGUGUUAUCUUACUUGCAUUAAACACACUGAAAACCGAAAAAAUUAUGCCUACUGAAGCGAACAUUAAUGAUUGCAUUCGAUAUGGAGAUCCAAAACACCGCAAUACUGAUGUAAAGAAGGCUUUGGAUAGUGCAGUUGAGCAACAUAUGGUAUUGAAGCAAAGUUUAGGUGCAAUGCAGUUGUAUGUUGGUAGAAAUGAGAAACUAUGGAAGUGUAUCAAUCCCAUCGGUGGGAAUCCUAAUCAAUACUCAAAGAAAACUUGGGAUGGAAUACAAAAGUUUUUAUCAUCCCCUGCUGGACGAUCUGCAAUGAUGGCUUAUCAAUGCAGAUAUGAAGCAGCUCUCGCUUUAAAAAAGGCAUGCUUGGAAGAAUUUGCUUUAGGUGAUGCUAUCCAGAUCUUGAAUAUGAUUGUUGCCGUGAAGAAAUGGAUUAUAAAUCAUCAAUCAGGAUGGCAACCAAUUACAGUCACCCUUCCGGAGACUAUUACAGAAACAAAUGCUGAAACUGCUGCUUGAUCUGAUCAACGGUGGUUUUGGUACUGAAAGUGAUCCUAAGGUGGUGAAAGAUGGUAAGCACGUUGUGUUUAGAGAAUUGGGGUUGGGAUGGUAAAGAGACAAGGGUCACUUUCACAAAAAAGAACACAAAUAAUCGACCAUCAAGGAAACUAGUGAUGGGCUUGUGAUAUUUGGACCAUGGCAAAGCAAGUAGGAAUAGGUUUUUCAUACUUUUAUGUUUCCGUUUAGCCUUUUCCUUUUUAUUUUCAUCUGCUGCAAUUCCAUAUCGGGGAGCUGCAGAAGGCGAAAGAAGUUUUAGAUGGAAUUAGCCUGGAAAUUAUCAGGAUCAGAGAGGUCAGUAAAGUAGCGAAUCAAUCCUCUGCUUCCACGCUGAUUUGGUAUGUUUACAAGCUAUCCCAAAUAUGAUUGGUGGUUGCUGGUAUUGCUUAAGCAGUUAAAUGGUAAAGGCUUUCUUCUCUCCACAGUUUGUGGUAAUCCUUUUUUUCGGCAGAUAUUGCUUUAUACAGUUUGGGUUUAGUAUCAGCCUGGCAGUAUCUCCGAUUGUAUAUAUACCAGCUGGGUUGUUCAGUUGCUGCUGGCAGAGAUUGAUGCAACAAUAAACCUCAUCAAACCGGAACUUUAUUUAUGUGGAGACUGCUAAGCGCUUUGGCAAUCAACAAAGAACAUGGAAUGGGAGUAUGAUAAGGGAGCCUUAUUCCUGGCAUUGCAAGUAAAUUUAAGCGUUUUUGGACCAAACGUGUAUAACUUGAGUGAAUUGUAUUAGUUUGAGCCUUGGAAGUGGUUGUCCCUUGAUUCCAUUUAAAUAAAUACUUUAUAAUGUUUUACAUUGAA